UGUGUUCAAGUCUUUCAUACUCUUUUCAUAUUGGAAGAACCCAUCUCUGCAAUUUCCAUUUCUUAUCGUCUGAGUUGUCUACAAUGAGAGAUAUAGCUUCUUGUGUGGGCGAGUACGCCCUAAGAAUAAAUGACUCCUCUUGUGUAGCCUCUUCAAUGCAAGGUUGUCGCCCACCAUCAUCACUGAUCCCUUCCACCCAGAACGCAGUUACUUGUGUCUACAGAAUAAAGCUCUCCACUCAGAAGCAGCUCAUGAUCACAGUCACCUGGUUCAAGAACCUCAAUAGUCAAGGUCUCAGCAUCAAUAUCGGCGACGACCCAUCCUCCACCUUCAAAGUCAACACCAAUUCUCGGUUAUUCAGGAAGAAGAAAGGCCGCCGGACGUUGGAAUCCGGUGACUCUAAGAUUGAAGUCUUCUGGGAUCUCUUCACAGCUAGGUACGAAUCAGGGCCUGAACCAGUCGAGGGGUUCUAUCUGGUUGUCGUGGCUGACUCGGAGCUUGGUAUAGUUCUUGGAGACAUGGGAGCAGAAAUGGUCGCCAAGAAGUUCAGGACUGGUGACCUGAUUGCCCAAUUUUCUCUAGUCUCCCGAAGAGAACACUUCUCAGGCAACCCACUGUAUUUGACCAAGGCUCAGUUCUGCGAAACAGGCACAAUUCACAGCAUUCUAAUAAAGCUCUGUGGAGAAGAUGAAGGCUUGAAGCAUCCAGUGCUAUCAGUUUGUAUGGAUAGGAAGAAGGUAAUCCGUGUUAAGAUGUUGCAAUGGAAUUUUAGGGGUAACCAGAUCCUCUUUGUUGAUGGGCUGCUGGUUGAUGUGAUGUGGGAUGUUCAUGACUGGUUCUUCAAUCCAGACUCUGGGUACGCUGUAUUCAUGUUUAGGACGAGAAGUGGGUUGGAUAGCCGGUUGUGGUUGGAGGAGAAGAUGGUGCAGAAGGACCCAGAUAGAGCUGAGUUUUCAUUGUUGAUUUGUGCCUGUAAGAGCUAGCCCAUAGGAAACUACUUUUUUUUUUUUUUUC